AUAUACAUGUCAGCAACUGGGGUGACUGAAAUAGCCGAAUCCACUCAUUUGAAGGUGUCCACAUCCUUUUGUCCAUGUAGUGUAAGACAUAGGCCUAAUCCUCUAGUUCAGGUCUGGUCACCAUCACCUAGAUGUGGCCACUGUUUGCAGAGCAGUGGGAGUGAGCUGUUGGAGUGAGUGGGAGUCAUAUGAGCUGGCAUUGUUGAACUCAAAUCUCUUCAGUUUUGGGUGAUUCAGGUCCGCCACGAUGCUGCUGAAAACACUUUGCGCACUUUGGGCCAUUACAACUGUCAUUUCUGCCGCUGUCUUCUUGAAGAAGGAUGAUGCGCACCUGGUGCUUGACAGAGCCAGGCGCGCCAACAGCGGCUACUUCGAGGAGAUGAAACAGGGCAACCUCGAGCGCGAGUGUGUGGAGGAAAUUUGUAACUAUGAAGAGGCUCGGGAAGUUUUCGAGGACGACGCCCAAACGAAAACGUUUUGGUUGACAUACACGGGUCAGGACCCCUGCCUGGUCAACCCAUGCAAAAACAACGGAACUUGUGUUUACAUGGAUGACUCUUACACAUGUCAGUGUCUGGAAGGCUAUGAAGGAAAAUACUGUCAGAAAGUAUUUGAGGACACCCUGAAAUGCCUCUCCCUUAACGGGGAGUGCGAGCACUUCUGUAACAAUUCUGGGUCAAGACGCAAGUGUUCCUGUGCUCCUGGUUACGCCCUGGGAGAGGACGGAAGACAGUGUGUUGCCCAAGUUCAGUAUCCGUGUGGUAAAAUCCCAGGCAUGGAAGCUCCGAUGAGCCAGGCACAAGUCAGACUAGUCGGUGGGAACCACUGUCCCAAAGGAGCCUGUCCAUGGCAGGUCCUAUUGGAGCAUAAAGGCACUAGUCUGUGUGGUGGGGUCAUAGUUCAUCCUGACUGGGUCAUCACUGCUGCCCACUGUGUCGUGGAUAGAGACACCAAGGACCUGAUGGUGGUCGCAGGGGAAUACAACAUUGACGUAGAAGAGGGCAGCGAGCAGAGGAUCCCCGUGGCCAGAGCCAUACCCUACAACCUGUACGACCCGGCAACAGGUGACAGUGACAUCGCCCUGGUGCGUCUGAGAGAGCCUGUAACUCUGGGCCCUGACGCUGUACCCAUCUGCCUGCCUCAGCAACACUUCGCCAAGAGCGAGCUGGCGGCCGUCCGCUUUCACACCCUUAGCGGCUGGGGGAAGCGCACCAACGGGGGCAACAAUCCCCAACCUGGCACCCCGCCAGCCCCCUCCUCGCCCUUCCUCCGCAGGCUAACCGUGCCCAUCCUGCCCAACUCUGAGUGCACCCUCAAGAGCGGCUUCAACUUCACCCAGAACAUGCUUUGUGCCGGAUACAUGGAGGGGAACCAGGAGGCCUGUAGGGGGGAUGACGGGAGCCCCCUGGUCACUUACUACGGGACCACCUACUUCCUGAUGGGCGUGGUGGGCUGGGGGAAGGGCUGCCCCAAACAGGGUUACUAUGGCGUCUACACUACUAUAGCCAACUACCUGGACUGGGCUGAGGAGGUGAUGAAUGCUCCUUCAGUCAGUGCUCCGGGGCCUUCAGUCAGUGCCCCGGUGAUGCCAUUCCUGCUAGAGAUGGCAUUAGAUAAGGUUCAGAUUCAGCAGGCUACGGAGAAGUUAGUGACACCACCUCCCAAUAAACAUGUGCAUAGCAUUGGCUAACUCCCAUUAAAUUUGUCACCAGUCACCACACAACACCAAUUGUCAUUACAGUGAAUCUAUUGUCACAUAACAUUAAUAAAUAUUUUUAUAGUACAUGGAAGCUACAGUAUAUCAUGCUAAUGGUGUAGAAUAUCGUCCUGUUUCAUCGCUUUGUAAGCAGACAUCUUUUCACUCUGCUAUGCUUUUUAUUUGACUCUUAAUGUGAAGUGUAAAUUUCACGUGGUGAUUUGGAUGACCUGAUGCCAUACAGAAUGUUUGACCUGAUGCCAUACAGAAUGUUUGACCUGAUGCCAUACAGAAUGUUUGACCUGAUGCCAUACAGAAUGUUUGCUUCCCAAUACGUACAUUUACUUCCAAAGUUUCCUCUCUGAUAGCUGAAGAAUAAAUGUUACUCGCUGACAAACUAAA